AAAGAAUCAGCGGUUUGGAGGAAAAACACAUGUUUUCCCUUUAGAUUAAAAACAUGGGGUAGUCUGAAAAACGGGUAUGCAGUUUUCGGAUCUUUCCCGGCGUCUUCAGUUCCAGCCAUGUCGUCUACAACCACACAGCAAGACAAGGACGACCACCCUGUCAUCUAUACGUUCUUCAACAUCACCCUGUGGCUGUGUAUGCUCAUAUUUAUUGCUCUCCCCUUCGGAAUCGUGAGCUCGCUCUUAAUCGUUAUCAUUCGCCCCUUUUCGGUUGUCUUUCCUGAAAGUGAUGUAUUCGAACUUGCAGAUUUCCUAGAACUAUGCCAGUAUAUGCCGGAGCUGUGCAUGUCCAAUCUGUUGGCGAACACAGACUUCUUGAGAACCAUUGAUGGCAGGAGAACCAUUCACAUAGGAACCCCUGUAUAA